AUGAUGAUGAAGAAACAAUUGAUACUUGGAGUGAUUUUGCUCGGACUCAUGGUGAUUUUCUUUGAAGCCACACAUGUUGAAGCGGCUAGGCCGUUUCGAGCCGACGGUGAGAUCCGUCUCGUGUUCCAGUUGCUGCAAAGAGGUACGACUCCACCGUCAGGUCCAAACGGUUGUACCAGCACGCCAGGAGGUUCGGGCACGUGCCACGGCUGA